AAUGUGUUUUUAUGGAUGUAAAAGGUGUUAAGCCAAAAACAGAAAAUUAGAAAAAAUUGCUGAAUGGCAAGGAAAACGUCAAUUUCUUUGAUUCCAUUAUUUUGAUGAGCUCCUGAUUUCACCACGAUGCCUCACAUAUACUUAAAAUCAGUGGGUUGAAGAAUGUGGAGUUGGCUACAACAAAUGGGGGAUUGCAAAAAGCGACAACUAUCACCAACAAUGCCCCCCCCCCCACACACACACACACACACACACUCCAAUGUAGGGGGCUCUUGUGUUCUAAAGGUAUGGUGUUCGUCUCACAUUCAAAAGGUCUGGGGUUUGAAAUCUGUCUGCGGCGAAAAAAUGUCCUUCUCUAAAAAAAAUUGUCCUCUCACGCCUAUUUCCUGUUCUCGAGUUCUGUUCUGUCAUCUGCUAUCAUUUCCACCCUCUCCCUUCUUCCACCACUUGCCUCCUCUGGGCUCCUUUCUCCUUUACCCAUGACCUUUUCUACUGCUACUUCUGGCUUCUUCUUACUAUUGUCUUUCAGCUUCCCCUCUAAUCUUAGGGUCGGUAAGAUCGAACACCUUGCCUUCUUGAAUAAGGAUGAAAAAUUUCUGAGUCUGAGGUCCCAUGUGCAAUUGGCACACGUAAAAGAUCCGUUGGUGGUCUUAACCCCCGUCCCGCUAUGCGCGUUCAUCUACGCGAAGUAGGUCACUGCUCGAAUAGCGCUGCGUGCGUACAUCUACGCUCGCCGCCUGGCAGGGCGGGAAGCGCGCGAGUGGUAAAUCUACGCUUCUAACCCUGACCUUCUUCAAUGGAAAAUUACUAAUUCUUAUUUAUAGUAACAUGACAACAUCUAUUACAAGAUAGUUUAUAAAUAUCAUCCAAUCAAAAUUCAGUUGUUCUUUUCCCGCUAACCUUCGAGAUAGCGUCGCGUGGGACGCUGCAACAAGCCCUAUUAUCUCUUGACCUUUGGUCUGCUUGCUUGCUAUCGGCUAUCAGAGAGCGCACGUCCGAGAAAGUAAACACCUCUUUUGUUUUGCAUUUUCGCGUUCUUUUUCCAAGUAUUUCCAAGUUUAAAGUCAUGGAAAAUGAUGGAAGCAUUCCUGAAGUGCUUGAUUUGAGCAAUCCUGACCACCUACGUCUUUUGAUGGAGGCAAAUGUGAGAUAUUUUGACCCCCCACUAUCGGAGACAGAGUCUGCUACUGCUUCCACUUCCAGCAAUGUUUCUAGCGCUUCUCCUACUCCAGUGGAUAGCUCAUCAUUGGAGCUUUCGUCACUGGUUGACAGUGAUUUGGAAGAGGAUUUGUCUGAGCCCAUCAACCCCCCUACGAGAGAACCUUUAUCAGAUGAUGAAGAUGAAACUCAACAAAGUAGCACGGAUGAAGAACGGGGAUGGAGGAGAGGUGCAACCAAGCCACCAUCAUGGGAGUUCAGUGGAACAAGUGGACUGCAGAGAGAGUUGAGUGACCCAACACCCCUUGGCUACCUCAAGCUACUCAUCGACGAUGACAUGAUGCAGAGCAUAGUUGAUGAAACAAACAGAUAUGCUCAAACUUCGUUGGCAAACAAGACCCUUACCCCCAGCUCUCGCUUUCGCAAGUGGACCGAUGUGACCCUCGAAACCAUGUGGGCUUUCUUUGGACUGAUCAUCGGCAUGGGGCUUAUCAUCGUGGACGACCUUGAAGAGUAUUGGUCCACUGACCCAGUCUAUGCUCUCCCCCUCUUCCGAUCUGUCAUGUCAAGGGAUCAGUUCAAUCUGAUUUUAUCAUAUUUGCAUCUCUGCAACAACGCCGACAAUCAGCCGCGGGACAGUCCGAAUUAUGACCCAUUAUUCAAGAUCAGGAAAUUUGUUGAUGCCUUGAAUAACAAUUUUCAGCGGACCUUCCACCCUGGGAAAGACAUAGCUAUUGACGAAGCUAUGGUUGCUUGGAGGGGUAAUUUGUCCUUCCGCGUAUAUAAUCCUGACAAGCCGGACAAAUUCGGAAUCAAGGUUUUUCAGCUCUGCGACAGCCAAACUGGGUACUGCAGCAACCUUGAGUUCUACACAGGGAAAAAAGCUCCGUCAGCGAAAGGGGCAACAUUUGAUGUUGUGGAGAGGCUCAUUAGGCCAUAUAUCAACUGUGGACGCACCCUGUAUGUGGACAAUUAUUAUACAAGCCCUGACUUGUUCACGUACUUGAAGGAGCAGAGAACGCUGGCGUGUGGCACGAUGAGAAUAAACCGUAAAAAUGGCCCACCCAAAACGAUGAUCCCGAAGUUGAAGAAAACAGAGAAGGAGACCGUUGCCCUUACGAACGGAGUGAUCACCCUCCUUCGAUUUUUUGACAAGCGGGAAGUCAAUGUACUUACCACUGCACAUGACAACUCUGUAGUUGACACUGGUAAAGUCAACAGGAGUACUGGAGACCCCAUUAUAAAACUCCAUGCAGUGAAUGAGUACAAUAAACUCAUGGGCGCCGUAGAUCGCAGUGAUCAAAUGGUGGCGUACAAUGCGUUCAAACGCCGUACUCUUAAGUGGUGGAAAAAAGCUUUUUUCCACAUGUUCGGGCUCGGCGUCUUGAACGCAUAUCUUAUCUAUCGAGCCACAACACCAGCAAGGGGCCAGCAAUCCCACCGUAUUUUUAGGAGAGAGCUUGUGAAACAGCUGGUGUCCCAAGCGCCAGUCGGAAGAUCCCCUGCGUCAAAGUCAGGCAGAGAGCUAGGAGAAUCAACAAUAUUCCGCCUCACAGCUAGGCACUUUCCAACCCCCAUCCUCCCAAAAUCUGACGCAGCGAAAAAAAGGAAGCCGCAGAGAGAUUGUGCGGUAUGCACUGAAAAGGGGAAUCGCAAACAAAGUCGAUUCGAGUGCACAUCCUGCGAUGUGGGGCUGCAUGUGCAUCCGUGCUUUCAGAUCUUUCACACUUGUGUGAAUCCUCGACGAGCCUUCAAAAGGCGACAUCCUUCGGGAGAGGCCCAGGCUGAGUAGCCUGACUCCCAAGGCCGACAGAUUUGGGAAAGGGGGAUAUGGGAUGGGGUACUGUUACAGUGUAAAUUUUCUAUGUUGUAGGCCUACAUGUUGUGUAAUGUAUAAGUGUGGUGGAAAUCAUUUUUGUGACUGGUGUGUGAAUUAUUCGUGGAUUACUGGUACAGUUUUCUUCAAUUCUGUUUUGGAUUACCAUUGAUGUCUGCAGAAUUCUACAGAAAAGGUCAGAUUAUUUUUGUAUUCUAAAUUUUAACAAAAAAAUACCUCUCUCUCUCUCUCUCUCUCUCUCUUACACACACA